AUGAACAUUAGUGGAGCCCAUCAAGUGGCUGUUGAAUCAUACACCAGUGAUGAUGAAACUGGAUUUCAAAAAAAGAAAGUUGUGGAAAUGAUGAUACAUGCGUGGAGCGGCUACAAGAAUUACUCUUGGGGAGAAAAUGAGCUGCGACCAGUAUCGAAAUCCUUCAACAAGCGGGAAAUUUUCGGUGGACGUGAGAUGCCGGCUACGAUUGUCGAUGCAGCUGAUACUCUUUUCAUAAUGGGCCUCAAGGAGGAAUACGAAGAAGCUCGCGACUAUAUCAAGAAGAACUUUGACAUGAGCAAAGCGACCGGUACACUCUCGGUGUUCGAGACGAACAUCCGCUUUCUAGGAGGUUUAUUGUCGCUUUAUGCGCUUACAAAAGAAGAAUUCUACAUGUAAGA